GAAGCGUGUAAUUACGUAGUUGUGUGUGCAUAGCUUUUAUUUUUGGGUUGUACAGCUUUUAAGAUAAAUUUUUAUUAUCUGUGAUAGUGUAAUAGUAUAUUACAAGAAGAAGGCUCGAUGCAGCAGCCAAAUAACGUACAAUCCAUACCCACCGCAAAGGAAGCAUCAGCAGCUACUCCAGCAACAAUGGGACAGCCAUCGAAAAUAUUUAUCAAUCCCAAGUUUGCAAAAGCGCAUAUUAAUCCCAUGUUUCUGGCCUCACAUGGGACGCUUAUGCGUGUGGAUGCUGAUCAUCAAGUACAAAAUCCGCCACAACAGGCGGCGAUACAUGUUAAUCCUGCCUUUCUGCAGAAGCUACGGACUCAACAGGUAACAACAGCUGCUACAGUCACAUCUGCGGCACCUCCGGCAAUGGUUACAUCAGCCAACUCAUACCGAAUUGCGGACCAAACUUCCGAGCCCGUGAGGAAACCUCCGCCGUUCUCUGGGUCGGUAAAUCCCAUCAUCAAAAAUACUCGAAGAAAACUUAUUCGAGCAACAACUGCCAGCGGUGUGAAGGUUACUGCGAUGCACAAUCCAAACGAUGCCAAACGAACCGUGAUUGGCACGGCAAAUAGCCAGCUUGCGCCGUUAGUAAAAAUUGGGAAGAAUAAACUCAUUCGUAGCAGUGUCCCUUCAACCAUCGGAAUGGAGAAUGUGAAGCCGAAGGUGCUACCGGAAAGGAAAAGUCUUCGUAUCGAUCGGAGGAUCCCGUCAAGGUCACCCAUGGAGAAACCUUCUUUCGUGAAGCGCUACGCCCUGUCGAGAAUAAAUGGCAUCAAUCCGAUGAAGGUGGUUAUUGCUGAUCGAAAGUUGUUGAAAUUAAAGCGCAACAGCAUGCCAGUAAAAAAAGUAGAAAAAGCUAUUGCUAACAAAAGCACCGUCGCUUAUGCGUCCAAAAACAAGCGACUAGUAUUGGUCAAUAUCAACGGGGUGUUGUAUCGGUCUUCUAACAACAAGCUACAGAAAUCUCUCCCAGCCGUGAGCCAACCGGCGACUGCUUCUUCGUACAAUCAUCCGGCCAAAACCAAAGAACACUUCCUCAUCAUCCGUGGUACACGCUUCGCACUGGAUCGGACGGGAAUGAAAUUACGGACCAUUCGCGAUGCCGCAGCGGCCCUGCAUGCCCCGGAACCGCGCAUGAAUCGUAUCGACAUCGGCGGGCUAACGUACAAAGCACGCAAGGAUGGAACGUUCAUUCGGACUGACAAUCAUAAAACACGAACCCAUCUCAGUACAGCCAAACAGCGAAGCAUUCAGGUGCUGGCGAGCAAGUUAAAGAAGUGCAACGAACCGUGCCAUAUUUAUCGUCGCCUGGGGAAAUGCUUAGCGCACAAUCGUGGCAAGUGUCCCAAGUUGCACGAUCCCAAACACGUGAGCAUCUGCCAGAAGUUUUUGCGCGGAGAAUGCAUCCUGGAUGGGUGCCUUUUGUCGCACAAUGUUUCCCUGGAAAAGAUGCCCGUUUGUACGUUUUUCCUCGAGGGUCGCUGCAUGCGUGAUGUAUGUCCGUACCUGCACAAAAAAGUGAGCGAGAAGGAGCGUAUAUGCGAUGCUUUUUUGAAUGGGUUUUGUGCAUUGGCGGACAAGUGUCCGAAUCGACACAUAUUCCAAUGUCCCGAGUUUGAGCGUAAUGGAAAAUGCGAUCGCAUAAAAUGUCCCUACCCACACGGUCGGAAAGAGAUGAAAAAGAAACCCGUAGCUGGGUCCAGCUCACCAGUAGCUGUGGAAACAACGGCGCAUCCGGAGACCGUCACACUACCCGCAUUGCCUGUGCGGUAUUACCAGGACGAUGGGACUUCGAGAACGUCGUCAAAGGUAAACCAGCCAGAAAAAUCGGGUGAGUUGAGUGCUAGUGAAAGAAUGCAGUUGAAGCGAAUGCUUGGUGAAGUGGAAAAAAUGAAACAACGACACGCUCACGAAGAAGUGGACCAGGUGCAGCUUGGAAGCGGAAUCCAGGACGAUGAGAAAAGCGUAAGUAUAGAAGGUGAGCCAGAUGAUGAUGGUGGCGAUCGGAAAACAGGAUGCGGUUGGCAAGCGGAUGAUGCAGUACCGGAGGAUGAAAAUGCCGGAGGCAGCGAUGAGGAAGAAGAUACACGGCCUCCAGUGUUGCGCCGCAAAGCACUCGGUACUCUGCCGUCGUUUAUUCCUAUCUGAUCGCUGCCUCUGUAUGUCGGGUCGUCGCAUCGUUUGAAGAUCGUUUGAAAUUGAAUGAAAAAAUAAUGAAAAGAGAAAAAUAGCAUAUUGACGAUGUUUAAAGAGUUUUUAGAUAAUAAAAUAAACUGAGUUAUACAC